CCCGCAGUGGCGGCGGAGCCACGCAGGGCAGGGCUGGGCCGGGCCGGGCUGCAGCGAGCCCAGCACGGGCAGGGAGCUCGGGCCGGGUGCGGGGCAUGGGCCCACGGGGGGCUCGUAGCCGCAGCCCCCGCGGCUCAAAAGCCCGCCGGCUGCCCGUGCUCCGGGGCUGGAGGUGAGCAGCUCCGUCCUCGCCCGCCGGAGAGGGAUGGUGCUGGGAGCCUCGUGGGGCGCACCCCUGCCGCCCCCCGCCAUGCCCGCCGCCCUCCGCCUGCUCUGUGGGGUGGUGGUCCCGGCUGCCAUGCUCUGCGCCGAGCCCCUGCCCCGCGUCACCUUCCCUAGCGGGGACCCCCGGCGGACCCUCACCCACUUCAGCCAGGACAAYGUCUCCCACUACGACAUCUUCCUCCUGGAUGAGAGCGAGGAGGAGCUCUACGUGGGRGCACGCGACCGGGUGCUGGCCCUCGCUGUCGGCAGCCCCGGCAGCAUCCGUGCCAAAGCCUCGAUAAUGUGGGGACCCACAGCCGAGAAAACCUCCGAAUGUGCAUUUAAGAAGAAGAGCCAAGAGACUGAGUGCUUCAACUUCAUCCGAGUGCUGGUGGCCCUGAACAAAACCCACCUCUACGUCUGUGGGACUUAUGCCUUCAGCCCCGCRUGCACCUACAUCCACCUGGAAAACUUUACACUGAUGUCCAGUGGCAGAGGACAACCCUUCCUGGACGGGAAGGGCCAGUGUCCCUUUGAUCCCCAGCACACCUACACGGCCCUGCUGGUGGACGGUGAGCUCUACGCUGGCACCAUGAACAAUUUCCAGGGCAACGAGCCCAUCAUCUCCCGCUCGCUGGGCAGCCGCACCCUGCUCAAAACUGAYGCCUUCCUCCGCUGGCUCUCGGCCGACGCUGCCUUCGUGGCCUCCUUCAGCAUCCCCGGGGAUGACAAGGUCUACUUCUUCUUCGAGGAGACAGCUGAUGAGUUUGACUUCUUCGAGAGGCUCCUGGUGCCACGGGUGGCUCGUGUKUGCAAGAGCGACGUAGGGGGUGACAAGGUGCUGCAGAAGAAGUGGACCACCUUCCUGAAGGCUCAGCUGGUGUGCUCCCAGCCUGGCCGCUUUCCCUUCAACGUCAUCCACCACGCCUUCGCCCUGCCCCGCCACGACGGCCGCGCCGACUUCUACGCCGUGUUCACCUCGCAGUGGCAGGCGGGCAGGGCAGGCAGUGCUGCUGUCUGUGCCUACACACAGGAGGAUCUGGAGAAGGUCUUCGAGGGCAAGUACAAGGAGUUGAACAAGGAGAGCUCUCGCUGGACUGUCUACAGUGGCCCCGACAUGAGUCCCCGGCCUGGCAGCUGCUCCAUGGGUCCCUCCUCAGACAAAGCCCUCACCUUCAUGAAGGACCAUUUCCUGAUGGAUGGCAAGGUGUCCCCCAUCCAGGGACAGCCUCUCCUGGUCAAGUCCGAUGUCACCUACACACGCAUCACCGUGGGCGAGACUCGCAGCAUCUCAGGCACCACCUAUCGUGUCAUGUUCCUGGCCACAGCGGAGGGUUUCCUGCACAAGGCUGUGGAGCUGCCUGAGGGUCCCCACAUCGUGGAGAGCAUCCAGCUCUUCGCAGUGCCGGAGCCGGUGAAAAACCUACUGCUGGCCCCAGGGAAGGGCAUCCUCUAUGUGGGCUACUCCAGGGGCAUCCUGCAGAUCCCGCUGGCCAACUGCAGCCUGCACCGGAGCUGCGCCGAGUGCGUGCUGGCACGGGACCCCUACUGCGCCUGGCACAGCCCCGAGGGAUCCUGYCAGCCCGCCCGCUUCGCUGAGGACACGAGCGCGUGGCUGCAGGAUAUUGAGACAGGGAACCCGGCCUCGUGCCCGCGAGGGAGGAGUGCAGCCAUGCCCCGAGCCUGGGGGCUGCCGGAGGAUCCCACUGUGCAGAGACUCAACCCCCAGCCCAACACCGUGGUCCAGCUGCCGUGCCCUCGCCACUCCGCCCUGGCCACCUACAGCUGGCAGCAGCCUGGCAGUAGCCGCGGGCACACAGCRCUGCUGCCUGACCACACGCUGGUGGUCAUCAUGCAGCAGGGCAUGGCCGGCUCCUACAAAUGUGUGGCCACAGAGAACGGCUUCACCUGGACCGUGGCUCACUACCAGCUCGGGAACUCUGGGGCAGCACUGGGGGAAGGGCUGGCUGAGGAGGAGCUGGCUUGGGGCUCCUCAGACCCUGGCACCGUGCGGCCAUACUGGUCCCAGUUUGUCACGGUGACAGUGCUGCUGGCGCUGACGCUGACCGUGGCCGCCUGCCUGGCUCUCCUGGCCUGCCGUGACCAGCUCAAAGCCCGCAGCAAGGUGCGGGGGUGCAGCACACCCCACAGCCCCCCAUCCCGCCACCGGGAGAAGGUGCCUCUCAACGGGGCCACCGGAGAGGUCCCCGCACCCGGAGCUGCCACCGAGGAGGAGGAGGAGGAUGAAAGUUCCCGUGCUUGCUGCCUCCAGCUUGAUGGAGACAUCGAUGUGGAUAACAACAGGCUGCAUGUGCCAGCGGGGAACACGGCAUGACGCUGCCAGAGGGUCGGGGAGAACUUGGGGAGGGGGGUAU